GGUUGCCUGCGGGCUGCGUGUUUGAGACCCCUGCCCCCCUGCCCUGCAGUGAGAUCGGGAUUCGUUGGUGUGACGCAACGGACACAGUACCACCAGAUUGGUGGUACUGUGCGUUGCGUCACUCCAACGAGGUAGCGUCAUACUGUCACACACACAGAUCAUAAGAUCAUAAUUUAAGUCAAAAUAGUGCUAGGUGGCGCAAGCCACCGGCCAAAUAAGUGGAUUCAAUUUGCAUCUCCAGCAUCCAUGCGGUGUUGAGCUCAAGUUACUCCAUCAGUAGUUUUGAAACCACCGUCUGUGUUGGUCCGUGUUGAUGUGUGCUUCCGCAUUUUUCGUCUAUUCUGCUCGGUUUUGAAGUUUUGUCCCAUUCGCGACGACCAGCUCUCGCUGCUUAGUAUGGCCCACGUAGAAAACAGCCAGUUGAGCACGGGUGGCGGCAAGCCCGACCCCGAAGGAACGGAGAAAGACGAACAGAACCUGCGGAGUGCAGAGCUGGAGGAGGAAGCCAAGUUUAAGUCCAAGUACCCACAGAAUGUCCGGCCCGGAGGAUCCCUCUUCCUCCAGAAGAGGCUCAACAAAGGGCAGAAGUACUUCGACUCCGGGGACUACAACAUGGCCAAGGCCAAGGGCCAGAAGGCGGCACUGCCGCGGGUGCCCCCGGCAAUCCCCCAGAACCCCACGGGAGAGACCAUCCCCACCGUGGAGUCCCUGCCCCCCCGCAAGACCUCCCUGGUGCAGAGCAAGCUGGCCACGGGGCUCUCCUAAGGACACCGGCGCCGUCUGUCUCUGGCCGGGCACGCCGCUCCUUUAAGAGGGAGCCGGACCUUGACCUCGUCCGCAACGAGACGAGUGGUGGCCAAUGCGCUCUAAAACGACACACUACGCUCCGUUUCGCUCCGAGUCCGAUUGCAGCCGACGCCAUGUUCAGACGGAAUCUAUCGAGCGGUGCCAAAAGUGCAAUGUCACGGCGGUCGUUUUGCCAUCACUGGCCAAACCAAUCACACACAGUAAAUGCCCCGCAACCCUGCGCUUUUUCUAUGCGCAAUUGGUUCUGUGUGUGCACUUUUUUCUGCAGGCGCACUUUUGGUGCCACCUGAUACCUUCUGUCAGAAUGUGGCAUCGGCUGUAGUCGGACUCGUGAAACGCAGUGUGCCCUUCGGUCCGUUUCGUCCAAUGCCACAUGGAGCUGCGGCGAACACCGUAAUUUAAUACUGCGGUCUGUCGCAGGUUAAAAAUGGAGGGUCAAGCUUCUUCCACAAAGCUCUCUGCUCUUUCCGCUACAGCAGGGCAAACGCUGGAAAGGAGGAAAUCACCAAUCGAGGUGGGUGGAGAGCUUUGUGGGCGAGGCCUGUUCCGUUAUCCUGAACCUGCAACAGACUAUCAAUGUUUUUUUUUGGGGCACGUGCGCGUCUCCGCAGCCCCUUUUAGAUGAUCCAACCUAAGAUGCAGUCCGAGCCUAAUUAGGAUACAAACUAAUUAAAAAUGAUCGAUUGACGGGAGAGUGACGGUAAAAUGGGGCACAAAAUUGGGGCUUUCAUCGUAGUUCCUGUUGGGUUAAGGACGGUGACGCAAGUUUCCGAGUGAGACGUAAGAAAGCUGGCCGGCACGUCCCAAUUUUGUACGAGGAACGGGGUUUGAAGUGGACCCCAUUUCUCAUACGAAUCGGGGUUGAGGGAAAACCGUGUUCUCUUCCCACCCUGAUGCUGUCGGGAGAAAAUUUCCCUCUCCGCAUUAAUGUCAGACUUGAGGACGAGGCCAUCCUUUUUUUGUGCGUCUUUCUUGGAUUAAAACGGGACGGUGGACGAGACGUUUUCGGUGUCUGUUUUAGAGAGCCUAGGUGCAGCUGCCACUCCUUUCGGAGGGGGUCAAGGUCAGUUGUCCGUGUCGGUCAACCGGAGGUGUAACGACACGCGUGAUCGUAGGCGACCUUUUCGCUGCGACUUGCGCGGCGAGGUUCGGUCUGGGUGGCGCAAGCCUGGGGAGGCACAUUUUUCUAGGGGGAUGGCGUCGUUUCCCGCCUGGGGCUCUGGACGGCAGUAUCGGGAGCCGGGGUCGUGACUAUCGGCAGUUCGGUUCAAAAGGAGCUCUCCUAAGCCCACUACAGGUAGAUGGGUACAAGCUCUCAUGCCCGGCAAGUUUCAAUGCAAUUCUGCAAAUCAAGCACGCUAGAUUUAGCUGUUUUUUUUUUUUAUUUGUAAGGUACUCGUUGCACAAAGAGAGGGAUUCGAGACCCAUGCUUGAAGUAUUAAGGUGGGUUCAACUUAUUGAAAUUAUAAAGUGCCAGGGACGGACACUGACAUAAAGUAAACAGAACAGCGCUAUACUCACAACUGGGGUUUUAAUAGAAAACUAAGGAAGAGAAAGAAGCGAUAGCAGUUGUAUGGAAGACUAAAAUAAAAGAAACAAAUUAAAGGAGGAGAAUCACAGCAAUUGUAGGUAUAAAUUUAUAUGUCGAAAUAAAAAAAGUUAUUAUUAAAGACAUAAAAAAUAAUAACUUUUAACAUCAUUUUAACACGACUUUGAAGGAUGAAGUUUGAGAUGAUCAUCCACCUAACUAGAAACAUUUGAACACCUCAUGCGUUCAAAUGUUUCUUUUUUCAUUAUACCUCCACCCCCCCACAUGAAAUGUCGGAAGGUUUCUAGCUAGGUGGAUGAUCAUCUCAAACUUCAUCCUUCCAAGUCGUGUUGAAAUAAUGUUAAAUGUUAUAUUUUUUUAUUUUAAUGUCUUUAAUAAUAAUUUUUUUAAAAAUUACAUUUGCUACGAUUCUCCUACUUAAAUUUAUUUCUUUGAUUUUCUUCCUUUUUGUCUUCUGUAUAACUUCUAUCGCUUCUCUCUUCUCUUUCUUAGUUUUCUAUUAAAACCCCAGUCGUGAGCGUAGCGCUGUCCUGUCUAGCCCUUGCGCUUUAUAAUUUCAAGACCUGUGCUUAUGGGUGCACUUCCGACACUUGAAGGAUGUCCUCUCCAGUGGGAAUGUACCUCCUGCCGAAAAGAUUUCACAAGCCGAGUGUAAUUGUGAAUAUUGCGGCAGGUUCAAUUGGCAGUCAUGGCUGUUUGUACUGCCAGGCAGUCUAUAUUCCUUUGGAAUGGGUGAUGAGGCGUGGGCGGUGGGGUCGCAUAAACAGCCUCUUAGCCUAGAACGAUUGUUUACUAUUGUCGCGAUGGCCCUGAAAAUGAACUUCUUUUUACGUGUUGGCAGACGUGUUUCUCUUCACGGUUCAACCGGCCUUCGAGAAAGUACUGACGACAUAUUUGUACAUAGGCAUGCAUGGAUUGUAGAUUCUUUCGUGCUUACUUUUCUUUGAACCGAGUUAGUCGCGCAAGUCGGCGAGCAGGGCGGCGGACGCUAAACGCCGUUCUGCGCCACAUUCGCCGCUUGCAUUUCUAGCAUGUUGUCGAGCCUUUUGGCCGCGAUUGUACACGCCUUGCACUCUUAAAAACGGCCAAAGCCAAUCUUUGUGUUUUCGUCGUAGCGUGCUUUCUGAACGGGCUUGGGAAUGGCCGUUGCCGGGCGUCUGUUGUGUGCACUUUUAUUAAGGUAUCCAUCGCUUAGUUGCGGAAGUUUGCAUUUGGGUAGAUCUUUCCAGUUUGGAACGUUUUACGCGAGUGAAGUCUUUCGCUAUUAGCUUUUUAUUAGCUCAGUUGGCUAUAUCUUGUCUUCGCCAUGCUCAGAAGAUACUUGUGUGUGUGUGUGUUAAGAGUAUUGCCUGUAAAUAAAGGUGUGCAGAUUA